AUGGCCAUCAGCAGGCAACUUCACACAGUGUCGGUGCUGGGUAACAUUCGUUCGUUUAGCUCCCCAUCCUUCGUACGCAAUGAUGUUGCCGGAGAAUUCGAUUCUAAUCUCUCUCCAUCCACCACCUCUUCCAAUAACACCACUAUCGUCGUCAAAAAGCUACCCCAAAGACUUCUCGAAUCCCCCGAGAUUCUCCGCACCGAGUUCGCCAACUUCGGUACCGUCUUUCACGUCGAAAUAUUCCGUCAUGGGCGUUCAGGUUCUCCCCGCGGCUUUGCCUUCAUCACCUUCGAGAGCCAUACCGCCAUGAACGCCGCGUUAACUGAGAUGAAUGGCAAGGAAAUGGACGGGAAGGUGAUCGAGGCGAGCAUCUUGAAGCAGCGGGACGAGUCCCAGUAUCCGAAUCCCCCGUCGCGCAAGCUCUUCGUCGAUAACUUGAUGGGUCUACACUCUAGAGUGGUGCUAGAGGCAUUUGAGAAGUAUGGGCCGGUGAAGGUGAAGCGGACGAAGGAGAGGUUUGCGCAUCUAGUCUUUGAUGAUGUGAGGACGGCGACGGAGGCGUUGGAGAUGCACAUGGGGAGGGUGGGGAGCAAUGUCGUCAAGGUUUCGUACGCUCAGAAGUUCAACUCUCAGCCGCCGAGGACGAAGAAAGUGGAUGGAUGGACAGGUUCAGAGGCGGAAGAUGGAGCGUGA